UUUUCUUGACCACCUUGUCAAUAUAUACAUACGUGAAAAUCGAACGUUUGAUUAUAUGCAGAGCAAUGGCAUAAGAAAGGAUCAAGAAUUAUUUCAACUUCAAGUUAUAAAACUUUUUUUUACAGUUUUUUUUUUAUAUUUUCUGCGAGUGUUUCCCAUCAUACAGCGAUUCGCAUUCGUAAAGUUUACAACUGAUUUUGGAUUUUAUUUCAAAAACUGGAUUUUGAAAGGAACUCAACAGAUCUGAUAACAUGUGUCAUAUCUUUGUGCUGCAGUUCUUUCUCCCUGACGAAAUGAACCAAUGAUUUCAGUUUAUAGAUUUUCAUAAACACCAUCAGCAAAUCUGAACGUAUAUUAUCGGAAUUGGCCAAAAAAUAACAACCCUGUGUUAUUUCUCGGGAGACUACGUUGACUGUUCGGAUUGACAAUGUUUCACAAAACUUUGCUGACGAUUUGAAAACAUCAGACCUCUAAAUACGGUGUCGUAUGGUUACCUUGACAACAUGAAUUUGACACCGUUCAGCUCGGAGGGACACCCCACCCCACGUCAUACCUCAUUUUUCAUCGAAGACAUUUUACUUCACAAGCCAAAACAGUUAUGUCGGGACGUGAGCUCCCUUUCAGCGUUAGUGCGCCACCCGGGUCUCUCAGAGUACGGAUAUCCAUGCCUAGGGGGCGCUCAUGUAAUCUACCCACACCAGUUUUUUCAACAUGCCCAAGGAUUCAUGCCGAAGCAUUCCGAACAUCCGUUUUUAGUCCCGACUUCAGCCGGAUUCCCUCUGAACCCUCUCUUCCAACACGACAGUCCGGGGAAACACAGUCACUGUCGACGGAGGAAAGCCCGCACAGUUUUCAGUGACCAACAGUUAAAUGGAUUGGAAAAGAGGUUCGAAUCUCAACGCUAUCUCUCAACUCCAGAAAGAGUGGAACUCGCCUCUCAGCUGAGCCUGUCUGAAACACAGGUUAAAACAUGGUUUCAGAAUAGAAGAAUGAAACAUAAAAAGUUACAGAAGAAAGGAGCUGAUGGCGAUGACGAUGAAAAUACAAACGAUAUGAACGACGAGUCAGACAUUCCGGACAGCUUUUCGUCUAAACAAAACGACAACUCAUCUUUGGAUGGGAUGUCGUCUCUAUCAGUUGGAAGCUUAAAUCCCAGUUACGUUCAUGCGCAGUCUAUUGCUUCCGAUGUUACCCUUUACGACGAUUCUGACAACGAGGCAGAUGAGGAAAUUGACGUUGUGGACUCUGACAGUGAAAAAAUCCCGUGAUGAGCUGUUAUCGUUAUAUCGUCACUGUUAUAACUGUCAUCAGUAUAUAUACAACAUGAUGUUUACACCGGAUCCAGAUGUCCCGGGGGUAAUGAUCACGUGACUAUCAUAUCGAUAUGGUUUUAAAGCCGCAUUUCAUUCUCUCGAUGAAUUCCUGGAUCCAAUUUAGUUGUCUGAAUGUUUAUGUUCAGUAAGAUGUUAUUGCCGUUUACAUUAAAUGCUAUUGUUUGUCCUUUUUGACAAAAUGUUAUAGAAGCUUUCACCAAAGACAUGAUACUAGUUGUAUAUCUGUUAUAGACUACGCCGUAACGUUUAGAUGUCCCAUCGUCUAUAUAAUGACAGGGGGAAUACAGUUCGACGAUCAAGCUACUAGCAGCUUACACCUUUUGUCGGGAUUUUUCCGGUCAGGUUUUACUUUCAAAUGACGUCAUAAACGACAUGACGUCACAAUGUACCUGGGUUCACAAAACAAGUACUGAAUACAAAGUAGUGCAAUUUGUCUCAACAUGCCAAACUAAAAUUGUGUAUUCUUGUUAUGUGAACGCAUGUCCAUAAUGACGCCACGUUAUUUAUGACGUCACGGAGUUGUCCUUUGAAAAUAAACUUUACCUGAAGAGCUAAACAAAGGGUGAAAGCUGCUUGUAAGUUGGUCCUUGAACUUAUUUGUUCCCCCCAUUUCCACUCGACAAGAACACUGACGUUUUUCUAACUAUAUAUAUUUAUGUGUGUGUUGUGCUGUUAAUCUCAAUAGGUGCUUUUUUUAUUUAUGUCUUUAGAGCUGAUCACAUGAUCUGUUUGAUAAAUAGUUUUUUUGUCAUUUUUCCUGUGAAGUUUACAAAUCCUCAUAACUUUUAAGACAGUUUUGAAUUACUGUUCCUGUUUUGAACAUCACAUUUGUCUUUCUUGUCCAGUUUCCAAAACGUCUUCAUAUUUUAUCCAAGUAAAGAUAUAUCAUAGCUGUCCAGUCA